GUUUGAUGAGACUCCGAGACUUCUCAUCGCCGUGCCUAAAACAGAAAAAUCGGAAGCCUAGAGAAACAGGCCACGGAACGGAGGAUCUCCGAUUCAAUUUCACCGAGCCUUCAUAAUCUCUCACCGGACACCAUGGCCGAAGUCCAGGCUCGCCUCCAGGCGCUCUCCGAGGACUACCAGAAGCUCCAGCAAGAGCUUCAAGGUUCUAUAGAGGCGCGUCAAAAGCUCGAGGGCCAGAAGCAGGAGAACCUGGGUGUGCAAAAAGAGUUUGACCGACUAGGAGAAGGGGAGACCAUCUACAAGAUCACAGGCCCUGUGCUGUUGAAGCAGGACAAGUUCGAGGCUGAGGGUACCGUCAAGGGACGGCUGGAUUUCAUCAGCAGUGAAAUCUCGAGAUUGGAGAACCAGAUCAAGGAGACCCAGGAGAAGCUGGAAAAGAAGAAGGGCGAUAUCAUUCAGCUCCAAGCAAGCGCCCAGGCCGCAGCUGGAAAGGGCAAGGAGGCGGCUAAAUAAAAAAGGGGAAAGCGAGAUGUCAUUAUAUCAUGAGUUGAGUGUAUUCUAACGACUGAUGACGAUGAUGCGAUCUAGAUGACUUGGCUACGACAAAAUAGAAAACCGCCAGUCG